UUCCUGAUUCCACAACUAAAAAGCCCUCAAAAGUCUAGGAAGACAAGCAGACAAAAAACGCGUCUAAUGAAUUUUCACAACCGUCCUUUUGCAUACCAAAUUAAUCACCUCUUUCAAUUUUCAUUUGAUCUGCAUGGGUGUCUCCUAAUUCUCUCCAAAUGAAAUUUCCUUUAUUUUUCUGGUUUCCACUGCUACUGCUCUUUGGCUUCCAUGCAGUUUUGGGUUCUGCUGUAUGCCAGAGCGACCAGCAAUCCUUGUUGUUACAAUUGCGUAACAGUCUUAAAUUCAAUCAGUCCAAGUCUACCAGACUGGUGAGAUGGGAUUCUAGCGCAGAUUGCUGUGACUGGGCUGGUGUAACCUGCGAUGAGAGUGGUCUGGGUCAUGUUUCUGGCCUUAAUUUAAGCAACGAAUCAAUUUCUGGCGGACUUGAGAAAUCAAGGGCAUUCUUCAGCCUUCAAUACCUCCGGAGUCUAGAUUUGUCUUUCAACAACUUCAACACUAGUCUUCCAGCUGGAUUUGCCAACCUCACUCGUUUGAUUUCUCUGAAUUUGUCCAACGCUGGAUUUAUGGGUCAAAUUCCAAUUGAAAUUGCAAGGAUGAGAGAGUUGGUGACUCUUGAUAUGUCUAUCCUCUACUUCCCUGGAGUUCCAACACUGAAACUUGAGAAACCAAAUUUGGCAACAUUGGCUCAAAACCUUAUAAUGCUGCGAGAACUUAAUCUUGACGGUGUAAAUAUAUCCGCAAAUGGGAAUGAAUGGUGUCAGGCCUUAUCCUCUUCUCUGCCUAAUUUGCAGGUGUUGAGCUUGUCCAAUUGUUUUCUUUCGGGACCUAUUGAUCCUUCCCUUUCCAAGCUUCAAUCUCUCAGAGUUAUUCGUUUGGACGGUAACAAUUUGUCUGGUCCAGUUCCAGAAUUCUUUGCAAAUUUCUCCAAUUUGAGGAUCUUACGCCUUAGCAAUUGCAAUUUACGGGGAACUUUUCCUCCAGAAGUGUUCCAGGUAUCAACACUAGAAAUUCUGGACUUAUCAUACAACCUAGAACUUCGUGGAUACUUGCCAGAUCGUUUACAGAAUGCCUCUCUGAAGACCUUGGUACUCAGCAACACAACUUUUGCAGGAAGUCUACCCCAUUCUAUCGGUAGACUUGGGAGUUUGUCAAGAAUAGAGCUUGCAUAUUGCAAAUUCAAUGGAUCACUUCCAAUUUCAAUGGCCAAUCUCACUGAACUUGUCUAUUUGGACCUCACCUCUAACAAUUUCAGCGGUCCAAUCCCAUCUUUUGGCUGGUCCAAGAAACUCGUGCAUAUAGACUUGUCUCACAAUCAAUUGUCUGGUGAGAUACCAUCCAUUCAAUCGAAAGGCCUUUGGAAUCUUACCUAUGUCGACUUGAGGUUUAACUCCCUUACUGGGAACAUUCCGUCAUCUCUCUUCACAGUCCCAUCACUGCAGAAGGUUCAGCUUUCUUUCAACCAAUUUACAGGGCGAAUUCCUAAUAUCUCAAGCGCAUCUUCUUCUUUGGAUACUCUGGAUUUGAGUAGCAACAAACUAGAAGGGCCUAUUCCCCGUUGGGUAUUUGAUGUCAGUAGACUCAACGUCCUCUUACUUUCGUCCAACAAGUUCAGUGGCACUAUAAAGCUAGAUUGGAUUCAGAAGCUUCAUAAACUUACCUCACUUGAUCUUUCAUACAGCAACUUGACAGUGGAUGCGAAUGUUACACGGUGUUCCUUUCCGCAGAUGAGGACAAUGAAACUGGCUUCUUGCAAUCUGAGAGUAUUUCCCGAUCUAAGAAAUCAGUGGAAACUAAUCUAUUUAGACCUGUCAGAUAACCAAAUAAGUGGGGUAGUACCUCCAUGGAUUGGAGAAGUUGGUAGUGGCACUCUCCUCCAUUUGAAUCUUUCACAUAAUCUGCUGGCGAGACUACCAGAACCUCUUUCUCUUCCUACUAGUCUUGCUGUGUUGGACCUGCACAAUAACCUGCUCCAAGGAAAUAUUCCACUUCCUCCGACAUCUGUUACCUAUGUGGAUUGCUCAAACAAUAACUUUACUUCUUCCAUCCCACCUAACAUUGGUAUGUCUCUCUCCUUCACCAUUUUCUUUUCUCUUUCAAAGAAUGGUCUUGUAGGAGUUAUUCCUCAAUCGAUAUGCAAUGCUAGUUAUCUACAAGUCCUUGAUCUGUCCAACAACAGUUUGAGUGGCACAAUACCACCCUGUUUAAUCGAGAGAAGUAAGACUCUUGGUGUCCUGAAUUUAAGAAGAAACAACUUUGGAGGUAAUGUUCCGGACAAAUUUCCAAGCACCUGUGAAUUAAAGACUCUAGAUCUGAAUGAAAAUCUAUUAGAGGGAAAGAUGCCAAAAUCCCUUGCUAAUUGCACAAAGUUAGAGGUUUUAGACCUUGGGAACAAUAAAAUGAAUGAUGUAUUUCCAUGCCUUGUGAAGAACAUAUCCAGUUUGCGAGUCCUUGUUCUACGGAACAACACUUUUUAUGGCAAGAUUGGAUGUCCAAAAAACCAUGGUCCUUGGCCAACACUUCAGAUCGUCGAUCUAGCCUCCAACAAUUUCAGUGAUGUUCUACCGAACAAAUGCUUGAGUACAUGGGAGGCAAUGAUAGGAAAUGGAAAUGAAAUGCAUGAUCGCCUUAGUUUUGAGCCCCUAUACUUGAGUGGGCUGUAUUAUCAAGAUUCAAUAACAGUUACAAGCAAAGGUUUCCAGAUGGAGCUGGUGAAGAUCCUAACUCUUUUCACGUCCAUUGACUUCUCUGACAACCAUUUUGUAGGGCCAAUACCUGAUGUCAUUGGCAAAUUUAGUGCUCUCUAUGUCCUUAACUUGUCACACAAUGCUCUCACGGGCCCAAUUCCACCAUUUUUAGGCAACUUGUCACAGCUUGAGUCCUUAGACCUCUCAGUUAAUCAGUUGAAUGGAACAAUUCCGCAGGAGCUUGUAGACUUAACAUUCCUUUCAUUCCUGAAUGUAUCGGACAAUCAUUUAGUAGGGAACAUCCCAAAAGGCAAUCAAUUCUCUACAUUUGAGAACACUUCAUUCAGAGGUAAUGGGGGAUUAUGCGGGCCGCCUCUGUCAAAAUCUUGCUCGAGUACCAAUUCAUUACCACCUGCUGGACAAACCAUCCACAAAAGAAAUGGAUUUGACUGGCAGUUCUUAGUCCCUGGCAUGGGAUUUGGGGUAGGAGCAGGAGCUGUUGUUGCACCUAUAAUAUUCUGGAAGAAGCCAAACGAAUGGUGUGAUGAUCGUAUAGAUAAAAUUCUAAUGGUUCUUCUUCCAAUGUUGGGAUUGGUGUACUACACUAGUAAUGAUUGGAGGAUUGCACCUGAGGAAAAUUUUGAAGAAGAUAGCACAAAUGCUGAAGAUGAGGAAAGUGAAGCUGAUGAAAGUGAGGAUGAUAUUGGAGGACGGUUCUGUGUUUUAUGUACAAAACUCGAUAUUGCAAGGAAACGGGCUAUUCAUGAUCUGAAAUGUACUUGCUAUCACUCACCACCGUUAUCUUCUUCAUCUUCUUGUUCUUCCUUAUCUUCAUCUGCUUCUUUAUAGGCACAUUUUUGUCCUUUUUUAACAUUUUUUUUCUCUAUCACUGUUUUCUAAUAUGUAAAUAUUGUAGAAAGCAAUGCUUGUUGAUGAGACAUAACCUGCACAUAUGCAAUUCUACUUGCCUUGUAAGCUAGGCAUGGCCUGGCCAUACUGGAAAUCGUUCAGGAAUUACAUCGAACAGUUUGGGAUCGUUUUCACAUA